AGCUGGAAGGUCAGCGUGGCGACCGCCAAAGUCGAGAUGGAAAAGGCUGGCAUCUCUCACCAGGGGAAGACAGGCUAUCCGCACCCCUAUCACAACCAUCAAAAGCUCAACUGGAGCGUGGCCACUUGCAAGAAGGCAAACAUUGACCUGCUCGAGUAUCCGGUCUUCUGGGAGCGUCAUGCAUCCAUUUACAACACAAAGAAGACGAAUCAGCAGGCCCAUUCACCGAUCCGCGUUGUGUACGCCAACGACGGCGGCGUGAUGGUGUACUGCGGUGUGAUGACCCAUGUGGAGGCGGAGCAGCUCGAAGAUAUGGGCGGGCAGGGGUCGUGGACCGGCAAAGAAGGGUUCAGGAUUUGUACUUGA